CGUUUUCAAAACCCUCACUCUGUCGUUCGAAGCCGCUUGCUUUUCUUUUGUGUUCUUCGUCUCUCUCUGUUUCGAUUGCGAACAACAAAACCCUACCCAUCUCUUGUUCUCCCCAGCAACAGCCUCAAGUUUUGUUUUUUCACCGUUGCGUUAGUGUUUUGUUUUCUGGAUCGUGUUCUUCUGGGUUUUGGGUGCAAUGGUCCCUGUUUCCAGAACGGAGGGUGCCACUGGUACUCACUUGCUCUCCGCAAGAGUGCGCAAAACCAUUCAAUCUAUCAAGGAAAUCGUGGGAAAUCAUUCUGAUGCUGAUAUCUAUGUCGCCCUCAAGGAAACCAACAUGGAUCCUAACGAAACCACUCAGAAAUUGCUCAACCAAGAUCCAUUUCAUGAGGUGAAAAGAAGGAGGGACCGAAAGAAGGAGACCCAGAAUGUUGUGAACAAGGGUCCAUCUGACUCGCGAAGGCAGUCUGAGAAUGGCGGCCAAGGAAUGAAAUUUCACACCCCUUCUGAACGUAACGAGAAUGGUAGUCAAGGAAUGAAAUUUCACUCCUCUUCUGAGCGCAAUGUUCGAAGAGCAAACUAUUCUCGGAGUACUUUACCUGGCAUCAGCAGAGAGUUCCGUGUUGUUAGAGACAACAGAGUAAAUCAUAUAUAUAAAGAAGUAAAGCCUCAUCCGCAGCAGCACUCCACAUCCACCACUGAGCAGUUAAUUGUAAACACUUCUGAAAAGGGCUCAUCCACUUCCUCAAAUCAUAGGUCAUCUGGUGCUAGGAAUUCUUAUCAGGCACUAAAUGGUCCUUCUGAUUCACAUGCUAAAUCCCCAAAAGAUGCUGUUGCAAAUAUCAUUGACAGAAAAAUGGCAUCUGAGGAUAAGGAUAAGCAAGGCAUGGUUUCGAAUGCAGCAGGACGGGUGCAACCAAUGAAGCCAAACAACAUCCAUCAACAAAAUUCUGCAUCAGUGGCAUCAACCAGUUCUGCUGUUGGGGUGUAUUCCUCUUCAACAGAUCCAGUUCAUGUGCCCUCUCCUGAUUCUAGAUCAUCAGGUGUUGUUGGAGCAAUUAGGCGUGAAGUUGGGGUUGUUGGUGUUCGGUGGCAGUCUUCAGACAACAAAGUAAAACAAUCAUUUGUUCCUAGUAGCUCUUAUGCUAAUUCCCUUGUGGGAAAAGAUGGUACAUCCGCAGAUUCUUUUCAAUCAGUUGGUGCUGUCUCAAAGACUGAACAAUUUAGUCAAACUAAUGUAACUGAACCCUCAUUAUCUGGUAUGCCAGCUAGCAGACCGUCUCUGAACAACCAGUAUAAUAAUAGGCCACAUCAACAACUUGUGGGACACCAAAGAGUUUCCCAGCAAAAUAAAGAGUGGAAACCUAAAUCAAGCCAGAAGUCAAACAGUAAUAAUCCUGGAGUAAUUGGAACCCCAAAAAAGGCUGCUGCUUCUACUUCACCUCCAGCAGAAAGUUCUGGAGAUAUUGAAUCAGAUACAGCAGAGCUUCAAGAUAAAUUCUCCCAAGCAAAUCUAUAUGAGAACCAAAAUGUUAUUAUAGCACAGCAUAUUCGAGUUCCAGAGACUGAUCGCUGUCGGCUGACCUUUGGUACCAUUGGGACUGAGCUUGAUUCUUCAAGGCUUCAAUCUAAGUAUAACUUAAUAGGAGCUUCCGAAAAAUCAAAUGAGGAAUUGACUGCAAGUUUGACAGUACCUGCUCCGGAGUUGUCCUCUGCUGAUAUUUCUGGGAGCAAACAGGUGGACUUGCGGGAUGACCACAUUAGAAGUUCUGGGUCAGACUCUCCAGCAUCCGGUGCUGCUUCUGAGCAACAAUUGCCUGAUAACAAAGACUCUUCAAACACUCAGAAUCUGGACAACUAUGCCAAUAUUGGAUUGGUACGUGAUAGCAGUCCAUCCUAUGCACCUUCAGAACCACAGCAACAAGAUUCUCAUGAUAUGCCAGGCUUUGCAGCAUACGAUCCUCCAACUGGUUAUGACAUUCCUUAUUUCAGACCCACAAUUGAUGAAACUGUACGAGGGCAGGGUUUGUCAUCUCAGGAGGCUUUGAUCUCCCAUGCAACCAAUAAUACUCCAGCUUCCACAAUCGCCAUGGUACAACAACAGCAACCUCCUGUGCCGCAGAUGUAUCCGCAAGUUCAUGUUUCACACUUUGCUAAUCUUAUGCCAUAUCGUCAGUUUCUGUCACCGGUCUAUGUUCCACCAAUGGCCAUGCCUGGAUAUUCGAGUAAUCCCCCCUAUCCUCACCCAACAAAUGGCAGCAGUUACUUGUUAAUGCCUGGAGGUGGUUCCCAUCUCAAUGCCAAUAACCUCAAAUAUGGAGUUCAACAGUUCAAGCCUGUUCCUGCUGGUAGUCCUACAGGGUUUGGAAAUUUUGCUAAUCCCACUGGAUAUGCCAUGAUAACUCCUGGUGUGGUUGGCGGUGCAACAGCUUUAGAAGAUUCAUCUCGAGUCAAGUACAAAGAUAAUCUUUAUGUCCCAAAUCCUCAGGCUGAGACAUCAGAAAUCUGGUUACAGAAUCCAAGGGAUCUUCCAGGCAUGCAAUCGACUCCUUACUAUAACAUGCCAGGGCAAACACCUCAUGCAGCUUACAUGCCUUCACACACUGGUCAUGCUUCUUUCAAUGCAGCUGCAGCUCAGUCUUCUCACAUGCAGUUUCCUGGCAUGUACCAUACUCCUCCACAGCCUGCUGCCAUGGCUAAUCCUCACCACUUAGGGCCACCAACUAUUGGCAACAAUGUUGGUGUUGGGGUGGCUGCAGCUGCUCCUGGAGCACAGGUUGGUGCAUAUCAGCAGCCCCAAUUGGGCCACAUCAACUGGACAACAAAUUUCUGAAUGCCAUAACAGAAAAAAAGAAAGUGAAUUUAACCCCUAUGUGUACAAGGGACUGACUGAAAGUAGAUAUAGAAGAAGAAAAGUGCCAGUUUUCAUUGUGAAAUGAAUAACUUAUGCUUUAUUUUUUCUCUCUUUUUACAAAUGCAAUGAGGCAUUAAUUUUCAGUCUCCUCUGUUUGCAAUAGGUUUGGGAAUUGUUGAGUUUUGGCUUCAAAAGUUGAAAUCUCAUUUUUCCUAAAAUCCUUUCAGAUAAUGCUGAAAAGCUUUUCCUGAUAUAGGAUAUGCUGUA